AUGACCACCGAGUCCUACAAUUUAGUGGCUAUGCCAGUCUUCGUCCUUUCCCAGCUGGAGUCAAGAGAGCCUGGUCAGUUAGAGGUGCCUGGCCGGUGCAAACGGGCCCCAGACCGCUCGGAGCCCGCGCCCGGCGGAGGAGAAGUCAAGUCAACCCGCACGACCGCAGUCGGCCGCCGCCUCCGGCCCGCGCUGCAGCAGCUCGGCUUCUGCGCUACCACCGCUAACCCUGCGAGACUGGAGGGCGGGGCGGGGUGGGGGCGGGGCCCGGAGGGGCGGGGCGGGGCCGCAAGGCCGAGCCCUAUGUCGGGAGGUGUAGUUCCGCCAGCGGCGGCAGCAAGGCAGUCCCGGCUCCGCCAGCAGGUCAGGACUACAACUCCCAGGGGUCAGCGGGCCCGGCCGGAGGGUCCAUGCGCAGUGGGCGCCACCUCGCAUCCUAUCAGGCGAGGAGAGGAAAAUGGCUGCAGCAAAGCGAAGCCAGCCCGGAGGAAGGCGCCCGAGGACGAGGGUCCCUCCCUGUCUUUCUGGGGCGCGCGGAGGGCCGGGGGGCCGGGGGAGGACUGCUCGCCGCUCUGCCCCUGGCUCCCCGGGGCUGGGGGGCUGCAGGCACUGCCGCCGCGGCCGGGAGCCCCUGGGCCGGCGCCUCGAGGGGCAGAAUCCCGAAGCAGGCUCGUUGGACAGAGGUGGCGACAGGACAGAAGGGACCGUGUACCCCUCCGCGUCGGGGCAGAACCUCCGCCACUCCUGACACCCUCUUUGCAAGACCCAUUCGAAAGGGGCGGGGUGAUUACAAUUCAGGCAAAGUUGGAGUUAAACGUCUCGCGAGGGAGAGGAGGGGAUCCGGCGUUGGGAAGGGACCGUGGCGAGGGAAGGCUGCGCCGCCUGCGGACCCAGUUGGAGGCGCCGCAGAGCGCUCCUGCCCGCCGCCCCUCUCGGGGAGGGCACCGCAGUUCCCCGAUCGCGCCCUCGGCAGUGAGCACCUGGGCUGAGUCCCAGCACCUGCCCCGGAGCCCUUUGCCAGGAGGAGGUGGGAGGAUCGGGGGUGCUGGAUACUCUAGUGGACCCAGAGCGUUGAAGGCGAGUUUGCCUGCAAGAUGAAUCCCGUUGCCAUGGCGACUCCUGCCUUCGGAAUCUUAACUGCUGCCACUGCUGUUUGGAUUCGCUGUGGCUCUGCGGGCAGCUGGGAGGGCGUGGCCGGUGGGUGUGGCCACAUGCCUGCCCUGGGCCCAGCUGCUCUGUCCUUCCCGCCCCUUGCACAGCCCCGGACCCUCCCCAUUCUCCUGUGAAUGCUGAAGUUUGGACACAGUUCUCAGCCUCCUUUCCCUCUCCACCGUCCUCCCUGAAGCUAAUUAUUGGGCUCCUUUUUCCUGAGGCAAACUCUGGAAAUUACUACUUGAAAGAGGUCUUUCUUUUUUCCUACUGGCCGCAUCACUUUCCCAAUAAAGUAGCUUAUAGUGUUGGACGCGGCUUUCUCAAGAAGGGCUCUCCCAUCCCCCUAUUCUGCAUAGAGGGCCGGGUCACAGGAAAGGUCCUUAAUUUGCCCCAGGUGCAGCUGACUGGAAGUGAUUAGGGAGAAUUAAAAACUGAAGUUGAAUGUUGGAAGUCCCUGUCAUCCUUGUAUUUCUCAUGAACUCUAAACGCCGAUGCAAGUCUGGAGCAUGCAGCGCUCUGGCUCUGGCAGUACUUACCGGCCACCCCACUCUGGGGUGAACCCUUUUCUCCCGCGACCUCGAGGAGGGGCGUAUGGAGGGUUUCCUAAAGUUAAUUCUAGGUAUAAACUCUUGUGAUUCUAAGAAACACUUGGACAUUGACCUGGUUUUUUUCUACCUACAAAGUAAUAUGAAGAUGAGGGUUUAAACCCAGCUUCUGACACUGUGCAUUGGGUUAAUAUCCGAGCUUUACUUAUAUGGCAAAAGAGCCUGAUUCUUUGUGGCAACUCUUCAAAGAUGAGGCAACAUUACUAUUUCUCAUAUUGUUUAUGCUACCACUAUCCCAGUAUAUGAACUCUUAUAAUUAUUCCUUAGUUUAGAUUAUGCCUUUUUUUUUUUUUUACAGAUUCUUGAUGAAUGCAGUUAUUUGUAACCACAUUGUGUGAAGUAAAAUUACAUUGUAUAAAUACUUUGUUUCCCCUCUGCUUGCAUUUUGUAUCAAAGUGUAUUGUCACAGAAGUUGCAGUUUGGAGGACAAGUGUGCUAUGUGCGUGCCUGUGAAUGUGCAUUUGUGUGUAGGUAAAUGCUGAGGGUACUGUGUGCCCGGUGGUUGACACUCAUCAACCUGAUGAGGAAGCAGGGCCAGUUGUCAUUUACUUUUUAUUUUUGUCUUAGAACUUACAAUUAAAUACAAAUUUUCUUCAUUUUUCUAUUUGUCUCCCCUACUAGAUUACAGAUUCCAUCGGGGUAGGGUCUUCGACUUGUCCUUUUCUGUCUCUUGAGCAUUACAGCAAUUUGUCCAUUGGUGGGUCUUUAAUAAAUACAGUAGAACCUCUGUAUGUUGACCACCCAAGGGACUGUGACAAACAGAUCAACACACGAGAGUGGUCAACCUAAGAAACUAGGCCUGCUGUCCUGAUUGAACAUUUUGGUGCAUGUCCAGUCUAUGAAAAUUAGGUUACCUUAAGGGGGUCAGUGUAGAGAAUUGGUCAGCUACAGAGGUUCUACUGCAUUUGUUGAAUGAAUAUUAAACAUUAGAGCUAAUAUUAGAGAUCUAAGGACUGUAUUCUUCCCGCUGAAAGUUUUGUCAUCCAUUGUAAUAUUCCCUUUAGCUUUCUGUGAAGCAUUUUCACUUCAGUAUAAACCAGAACUCUUGUCUGACAUUAAGGGCCUGUAUGCAUUUGAAAUAGAGAUGUAUUUUGUACUUACAUGCUUUUAGAAUGCAUUUACUCACAUAGAGAAUUUUUUUUUUCUAGUUACAAUUUCUUAUUAUCCCCAAUCAGGCAUUUCUGGAUUCUUCUCAGUUGCUCUGGCCCAGAUAACUUUCCCAGGAGCUGUAUGACGAGUGAAUAGGAAAGAGACCCAGGCUCUCCCUAGAGGCCUUUGCCAGGCCACCAGUGGCUCCCAGAAGAGCUGGGAACAAUAGUCCUCUCAGUUGAGGUGGAGCUGUUCUGUGAACAGGAUUGGUUGUCCCAGGUGGCUGAUGUGAAAGAAGGACAUUUGUCCAAUAUUUGUAACAUUCUGUUAUCAUCCAGUAGUUGGAUUCUGUGGGUUUUCAAAAGAUAAAUUAGUGAGGAGGUGUGCAAGGGAAGAGGGCGUGGUGGGCCACAUCCUCGGGCGGUGCUUACCAGAGCUCCCUGAAUAAGCUCUGAGGAAUUUGAGUCCUGCCUUUUUUUUUGUCAUGGACACUUUCUAGGUGUUGAGGAAGUGUGUUGUCUGGUGUAGUUUUAUUUGAGCUACUUUGUUUAAAAGAUUGCUUUAGUGUUGACACGAGGGUCUUCAGAACAAAUAAGAUGUUUACAAACAAAGCCCAGUUAAUUGAAAGUGUUUCAUUUUUGUAAAUAUUUUGGAGAAUGUUAUAAAGAGAAUCUUGAGCUUUUCUGUGAAACAUCUUUUAAAAUUACAGCAGCUGGAUCAGAGGAAAUAAGCUUUUCUGACAAAGGUUGGUACCAAUGAGUGCCUUAGAAGUUUAGUUCGGGAAAUAAUCACAAAGCUUGUAACUGCUGUGGGGCCUGUGGCUUCCAACCAUGCUCUGGUAUUUCCAAGUGUGAAGUCUAUCCUUAUACUACAGGAAACAAAGCAAAAUGGCCAAUGUAGGUUAGCAAACUUGUUUUCUCUCUGGAGGGGGCUGGGCUGUUGGCAAUAGAAAUGUUGCCUUGUCUCCUUUGAAGAGUUGCCACAAAGAGCCAGGCUCUUUUGCCAUGCAAGUAAAGCUGAGAUAUUAACCAGUCAAAAUGAAAGUUCUUCUAUUUUGUGAUUUUUCCUCUUUGGAUGAGGAAUGUGGACUAAUAUCACUUAUUUUGGUAUUGCAAUUUCUAACUUGAUAAAGGAGGCAAUCUUAAUCUAAGUGAACAUCUAUGUUAAAUACAUCUGUCUUUAGUGGUUUCCCUGAGACGUCAAGUUUAGAGAUAACUGAUCACACAGGUACUGUUUAAGCAAUUGGAAAAAAACAAAACAAAAAGCAAACAAAAAAGAAAUUGGUCCUAAGGAUACUUUCUGUAUGUGGCUUAGGGUAACAUCUGGUUGGCUGAUCAGGCUGGGACAAGUUGGGGUGGAGGAUACCCCUCUUCGCGUUACAUUCACUUAGCAAGGGUACUACUGUCUUCUGUGUGAGUUGUGUUAUUUGGAGUAGUGAGGGCUCUUGAUAGAGAUCAGCAUUGAAGGAUGGGUCUAAAGUCACCCAGGUCCUCCAAGCUAACACCUCGUUAGGUGCCCCAGCUGGAAGAGGGACAGAUAAAGAUGAGAUGCACGUUGAUUGUGGUGAUUUACAUUCUACCUUAGUAGACUCUUUUUGUAGCCAAAGGAAAGAAAGUAUUACUUUUUACUUUUCUAGUAACCUUUCCACCAUUCUGGAAUCAUAAAACAGGGCGUUCCAGGGAGAGUUUGCAUUCACAGAACAUGGACUUACCAGCCACCCUCAGCUCUGGUGGGCUUACCUUCCCUGUAGAAGUUCCUCCUCUCCAUGGGCCUCUGAGGUAGCGGCUGCCCCUCAUCUGCAGCGUGCACCUUCUGACUGUCUAAAUUCUUAUGCUUUCAGAUUGAGCCCAGAUGUCACAGCUUCCAGGAAGCCUUCCCUGCCUGUCCCUCAGCUGUCACAUGGCCCCUUCCUCCUUAGAGCCCUAGCCUGAUGCACAGCUCUCACCGUUAGUGUGGUACUGGUAGAGCGUGUGAGUGCUCAUGUUAUGCACGUCCUUUCCCGUACUCACGUGGCUACAUCACUGACUCCUCACAGCUGUACCAAGUAGGUACAUUUGUCACUGCAGAUGUGGAGACGGAGGCAUGGAGAAGUUAGGGAACUUGGCCAGCGUGGGUGCCGUGGCCUGUAUGUGGCAGGCUGGGUUUGGGCCCAGGCCAUCCAGGUCCUUGCACACUGUACUGUUGCUGCCUUGCUUCUGAGUUUCCUGGCUGUUAUUCUUGCCUUUCCAACUUGAGUGGGAGGAAGCACAGCUUCCUUUGCACCUCUAAUUCUGGGACGGUGUUGGGGGAGCCAGUCCUGGGUUGAUUGAGAGUGAAUUUGCUUCUUCACUUCCUGGAUUCUUAUAGUCUGAUUCUCUGGAACAGAAAAAGUGGUGUGAGAUUAAAAAUGUUGCAUUUGAGUAUUUGAAUAAUAAAACUUUUGCAUUUGAGUAUUUGAAUAAUAAAACUUUUGUGCUGUCUCCUUUUUGCUACGUGAAUGAUGGGAAUUUUGUGAAAAAGGAAAUGCUUCUAUAUUACAUCUCUAAAUCUAUUUGGAGCCUGUCCAGCAUGGGACCCUGUUUGCAAAGUGAGAUAACUUUUCACCAGGUUGAAUCCCUCCUCUGAUGAAAGGUCUUCUAACCCAGGGGGGCCACAGAAGCCUGCAUUGAGGGGUAGCAGGGCCUAUAAUUUCUCAGUGUCUCCUUUCCCUACUGUCUUUUAACA